AGCUGACCGGGUGUAAACAAGACCAGCUGAGGGACACACAAGGCGUCAGUAAUCAUCAAAAUAUAUAGUUAUCUAACUCUCUGAAGAUGGAUAAAGAGAUACAACUAGAAGAAAUAAGAAUAAGGAAGACAUAAAACAAGAAACAACAGCUCUGGAGACGAGACACACCAUGGAGGCCGGAGGUGUCAUGAACCCAACACCAACACCCCUCACCACCACACACCAGCACCACCACCUCUAGCACCACCGCCAGCACCAUGAGCAGCGCCGCCAGCACCAGGCGCCUGUACAGCUACCUUGGGCGGUGGCUGGGGGUGGCCGGGUACAUGGUUCAGUAUGGGUGUAUCGCUCACUGCACACUGGAGUUUGUCGGAGAUUUUGUUGUGUGCCGCGGUCCAUCCAUGGAGCCGACCAUCUUCUCUGAGGACGUGAUCUUGACGGAGCACAUCACACCUCGCCUCCACCGCAUCAGCCGCGGUGACGUGAUCAUCGCGCGCUCCCCGGCCAACCCACACCACCACAUCUGUAAGCGUGUCAUUGGCCUGGAGGGGGACAGGGUCAAGGAUGGCUUCAAGACACACUACGUUCCCAAGGGUCACGUUUGGCUGGAGGGCGACAACCAGCGCAACUCAACCGACUCGCGCAAUUUCGGUUCAGUUCCUGCCGGGCUGAUCCGAGGUCGGGCCGUGUUCAGGGUGUGGCCUCUCUCGGAGCUCGGCAAGUUACACUCGUCUCACUCCACCCACUCAGCUCAUUCGGUGGGGUCGUCAGGGCCUUCCUCGUCCUCCUCUCCUUCCUCGAUGUCUUCUUCUUCAUCUUCUUCUUCACAAUGAUGAUAUGUGUGUUAAUUAAUGAGUUCAAGCCAUAGAAGUAAAGAAAAAAUAGAAAAUACUGGACUUAAAACUGGUUGGUAGCUUACACAAUACAUGUACUUAGAUUUUUCAUGCAUGGAAAGAUCUUGUAUAUAUUGUACAUAAGGUGUUUUUAUAAGCUAAGUGUGUGUGUGUGUAUGUGUGUGUGUGUGUGUGUGUGUGUGUGCGUUGAUCUCAGGACUGUGAUCGAACAUCUUGUCUUGUAAUGAAAAUAAAAGAAAGAAAAAUAUACGAGGCAAAAGCAAAUAUUUAUGAGGAAAGUGCAAAGAAAAUUUGAGAAAGGAGGAAAUAGAAAUAAGAAGAAAAUGCAAGAAGAAAGAAAAUAUUAAUAAAAUACAAAAAAAUAUGAGAUUGAAUAAGGAAAAAAAACUGGAUAAUAAAAAUAAUGAAGGUCUCACUUAAAUAAAAUAAAAAAACACUUGGUCCGUUAAGUAGCCGUGCCGCAGUGUUGCUGUCCUAAGCUUGUCCGAUGCGAGUGUUGCAUGGAGUGAGUAUUGCUUAUCAUAAUAGGUGGAGUCCUUAGCUUUUCCGAGGAGAGUGUUGCAGUGUUCCGAAGUCGAAGUGUUGCAUGGAGCGAGUAUUGCUUAUAUUAGGAGUCAAAACCUUUUCCGAGGAGUGUUGCAAUGUUCCGAACUGUUGCAUGGAGAGAGUUUUGCUUCUAAUAGGUGGAGUCCUUAGCUUUUCCGAGGAGAGUAUUGCAGUGUUCCAAAGUGUUGCAUGGAGCGAGUAUUGCUUGUAAUAGGAGGAGUCAUAACCUAUUGCGAGAAGAGUAUUGCAGUGUUCCAAAGUGUUGCAUGGAGCAAGUAUUGCUUGUAAUAGGAGGAGUCAUAACCUAUUGUGAGGAGAGUGUUGCAGUGUUCCAAAGUGUUGCAUAGAGUGAGUAUUGCUUAUAAUAAUAGGAGUAGCCUGUGAUGUGUAGUGUUGAAGUAGUGUGUUGCUGUGUGUGUGUAUUGCUUAGGGGAUGAGACUAGUGUUGUUAUUAUACUUAUUAUUAUUAUUAUUAUUAUUAUUAUUAUUAUUAUUAUUAUUAUUAUUAUGAUUGAAAUGGCACCAACAAGGGAGACUAAACUAAACUAACUAAAAUUGAUAUAGACCUAAAUAGAGUCCCCACAAUUAGCAGAUAUGGAUAGGAAAAAUAAAAGAGAUAUUGACAUUUAAGAGAGGAAAAUAAAGAAGAAUAUAAAAGGGGUCUGUGUUGAUGAAGAGGAAAUCAAUACUUGGAAACAGUUUGGGGUUUGCUGUUAACCUAGUGACUGCAGAUUUCUUACCAGAAGACCUCACCAAGCUACAGGAAUGGACCAAAAAAUAUCUGCUACAAUUCAAUGAAGAAAAAUGUAAAGUCCUUGGGAGGGGAUAUCCAGCACACAAAUACCUCAUGGGAAACACUCCACUAUCCACCACAGAGGCAGAGAAAGACCUGGGAGUGUGUGUUUCCAGGUUACCAGUGAAAGCCAAAUCCGUGCCAAUCGCAGCGGACGGGUUAAAAGAUGUCU